UUACUGCUACGUCAAGACAUCAUGAUCAAGGCUUCGAUGAGCUCUGGGAAGGUGACUCUCUUCCACCAGGAUCCACAGAGUGGGGUCACCUAUCGGAUCCCCGCACUGCUGUAUAUCCCCCCAGACACGCUCCUGGCGUUCGCGGAGAAACGCUCCUCUCCCAGGGAUGUGGACGCUGAGUCCCUGGUGCUGAGACGAGGUCGGAAGACAGGGACUUCGGUCGAGUGGGGGCCCAGGGAGCCCUUGACGAGCGCAGUGUUAGAGGGUCACCGCACGAUGAACCCCUGCCCGGUGUACGAGCGGAAGAGUCAGACUGUCUUCCUGUUCUUCAUCUGCGUGAGGCAGCACGUCUCAGAGCAAUGGCAGAUCUGGACCGGGCAGAACGCCGCCCGGCUCUGCUACAUCCGCAGCGGAGACGCCGGCCAGACCUGGAGCUCGUUAACGGACUUGACGGAGCAGGUGAUUGGGGAAGACUUGAAGGACUGGGCCACGUUUGCGGUGGGGCCAGGGCACGGGGUGCAGCUCAGCUCUGGGCGGCUGGUGAUCCCGGCUUAUACCUACCACAUUACUGCUCGCUGCUGCCGCCUGCCGCUGCCCUGGGGGACCCAACCCCGGUCCUUGGUCUUUUAUAGUGAUGAUGGUGGGCAGUGCUGGCACAAGGGUGAGCUGAUUGAGGGCAUGAAGACGGUGGAGUGCCAGGUGGCCGAGGUGGCGUGCCAGGCCUGCGACCCCGUGCUGUACUGCAACGCCCGCACCCCCUGCCGGUGCCGGGCAGCGGCGCUCAGCACAGACCAGGGGCAGACAUUCGAAUGCCACUCCUCGUGCAAGCAGCUGUGCGAGAAUUGCUGCCAGGGCAGUGUGGUGAGCUUCACGCUGACAACGGGGCUCCUGGAGGCGGAUGGCGCGGAAGGGCCAGACGCCCCAGCCCCCGAGACAACCUGGCAGUUGAAUGGUGAGAACGCCCCCUCCGCCAUCCGCAGAAGCACCGUGUCAUGGCUGCUUUACUCCCACCCAACAGAUAAAUGCAAGCGGGUCAACCUGGGCAUCCACCUCAACCAGUCCCCGUUGAAUGAGGCCAAGUGGGAGCAACCCAGGCUCCUGUACCAAGGGCCGUGUGGUUACUCGGACCUGGCUGUGUGCCAGGAGGUGUCAGCACCGCUCUUGUUUGGCUGCCUGUUUGAGUGCGGGGUGAAUCAUGAGUGUGAGGAGAUUGCCUUCCAGCUCUUUUGCUUUGAGGAUCUCCAGAAGGGCAGAGGCUCCUUGGAGCAGCAGCCCAAAGCAAAGCUGAAAUCCGUCUAGCGGUGUCCUCUGGGGGAGUACAUGAGGCACCUCCGCCCCACCCCCCCAGCGAAGAUCCUCAUCUCCAUGAGGCCUGGGCUUCCGAAAGCAGCUUCUUCUUUUGGGUGUCUCUUCUUUGGGCUCUGGGACUUCCUGCGGCCUGGUUUGCAGAAGACUUCCUAGGGCAGGGGUAGGCAAACUGCGGCCCAUGGGCUGGAUUCGGGCCGCGAGCCGUUUUAAGCCAGGCCCCAAACUCCCGCUGGGCAGCGGGGUCUGGGGAUUGCCCUGGUCCGGUGGUCCAGCUGGGGUGCCAGGUCGGGGGCCACACCAUGCGGCUCAGCCCCACUCCAGCUGGGGCACUGGGUCGGGGGCCGCAGCAUGGCCCCACUCCAGGGUACAUGCUCGGGGACCUCACCACGCAGCUCCCAGAAGCAGCCGCAUGGUCCCACUCCAAGGGUCGGGGGCCCCUCCACGCGUAGAAGCCGGAGAAGGGACAUGCCACUGCUUCUGGGAGCCGCUCGAGGUAAGUACCACUCUGAGCCUGCACCCCUGAGCCCCUCCCCAUGCCCAAUCCCCUGCCCCAGCCCUGAUCC